AUGACACCAGAACAAAAAAAAAUAGGUUUCCCACCUGGUGUGAGCAUCGAAAUGAUUCUUAAGGCUUACGAGAAAUAUAAAACAAUAUUUGAGGGUUACCAGCGUCAUCGUCAAGUAGACACCAACCAACCAACCAAAUCAGUCACCAAAGAAGAAACAAAACAGUCAAAUACCACUGACUUACCUUCAAACGAUGAUAAAAAAGUAUCUGGGUGUCCAUCAAGCGUCACAAACUUAACAUCGAAAAGUGAAGAAAAUGAUGAAUUUAAAGUUUAUCAGGCAGAUCCCGAUUGCUACAACGGAGCCAAUAGAGAUAAAUACACAUGGAGCCAGACUAUCAAGGAUAUUGAUAUUAAAAUAAAGAUACCAGAAAACGUGGAUGCUCGCAAUAUUUCUGUUAAUAUUGAACGCAAACAUAUUCGUGUUUCAAUUCAAAAAGACAAGAAAGAAAUUUUUUGUUUCGAUGGGGAUUUGUGUUGGGAGAUUCACAAGAAUGAUGCUAUCUGGACCUUCCACUCCAAAGAAAAUCAAAUCCAGCUGUGUCUUGACAAGGUUCAGGAACGGUGGUGGGAAGCUGCUUUUGAUGGGGAAGACAAACUAAACACACGGAAAAUCGAUUGCUCUCGGCCUAUGCACGAACUAGACGAUGAGGCGCAGGCUAAAAUCCAACAGUUAAUGUACGAUGAACAGCGCAAACGCCAAGGACUACUUACUAGCGAACAAGAAAAAAUGAAAAACAUACUCGCCAGUGCUUGGAACAAAGAGGGUUCACCUUUUCGAGGAACUCCGUAUGACCCUAGUCAAGUCAAAAUAGACGGCACAAGUAUGCACAUUCAAACCCAACCGAUGUGA